AUGCGCUCGUUUCAAGCUGCCCGUGCUGCUUCACGCGCAAUUCGAGUCCCACGCCGGGGCGACUCCUUCGUGAAUCCGGGGCCGCAUCGGACUUUAUCGGCGCAAUGGAAGACCACCCGGCCACUACACACCGUGCCACCGCGAAAGUCCGCGGCCACCGCAGAGUCGGAGAAGGACUCGUCCAACCCGGCGAUGUCAUUCCCAUGCCUUGACGCCCAAGAAGCAAAAUCCGCACAGCUCUCCGCUCGCUCACUUCGCUCCGGUCCCGAACCCUCAUACACCACCGGCCAACAUGAAUUAUACCACUGUGACCAGCCACUUCUCCUUGACUGGGGCGGUGUUCUCAAUGAAUUCGACGUCGCGUACGAAUCAUGGGGUGAAUUGAACGCCGACAAGAGCAACGCCAUUCUCCUACACACCGGCCUGUCGGCCUCGAGCCAUGCCCAUAGCACAGCAUCAAACCCAAAGCCCGGCUGGUGGGAGAAGUUCAUUGGUCCCGGUCUGCCUCUAGACACAAACAAAUAUCACAUUAUCUGCACAAACGUCCUAGGCGGCUGCUACGGCAGCACAGGCCCGUCCUCCGUCGACCCCUCCGACGGAAAGCGGUACGCAACCCGUUUCCCGAUCCUAACACUGGACGACAUGGUGCGAGCCCAAUUCCGUCUUCUCGACGGCCUAGGCAUCAAGAAGCUCGCCGCUUCCGUCGGAUCCAGCAUGGGCGGCAUGCAAAGCUUAGCAGCCGGCGUGCUCUUCCCCGAGCGCGUUGACAAAAUAGUCAGCAUCAGCGGCUGCGCUCGCAGCCACCCCUACAGUAUUGCGAUGCGACACACGCAGCGCCAAGUCCUGAUGAUGGAUCCAAACUGGGCACGCGGGUUCUACUACGACGCGAUCCCGCCACACUCGGGCAUGAAGCUCGCGCGCGAGAUCGCAACAGUGACAUACCGCAGCGGGCCCGAGUGGGAGAUGCGAUUUGGCCGCCAGCGCGCAGACCCGAGUAAACAGCCUGCUCUGUGUCCGGACUUCCUGAUCGAGACAUAUCUCGACCAUGCGGGCGAGAAGUUCUGCCUCGAGUACGACCCUAACAGUCUGCUGUAUGUGUCGAAGGCCAUGGAUCUGUUUGAUCUGGGCCGUGCGCACCAGAGCGCGACGCUGAAACGGCGCGCGGAGUCCGAGGACCGCAUUGCUCGUGGCGGUCUUGCGUCGAACGCUUCCGACCCGGCUUGUAGUCUUACGCUCCCCGAUGAGCCGUACGAGGAGCAGCCCGGUUCUACGUCGAAUGCGACACCGCUGGACGAGUCUGUAUCUGCUGACGCUGCGGAUGGACCGCCUCGCGAUCUUGUUGCUGGUCUUGCGCCGCUUAAGAAUCACUCCGUCCUUGUUAUGGGUGUUGCUAGUGAUAUUUUGUUCCCGGCGUGGCAGCAGCGUGAGAUUGCGGAGACGCUCCGUGCCGGUGGCAACAAGAGUGUGCAGCAUAUCGAGCUUGGCGAUGAUCUGUCGCUGUUUGGCCAUGACACUUUCUUGUUGGAUCUCAAGAACAUCGGUGGUGCACUGGGCAAAUUCCUCGAGUAG